AAAAAUAAAAUGGAGUACAAAUAAUUAAAAGGAAAAUCAUUAACCCAUAAUAAAAAUAGGAAGUUAGCAACAGUAACUCUUUGAGUUAUUACACUUACACCCCCGAAUUUAAUGGAUUUCCGGAAUUACCCUUUGUGUCUUAGUUAACAACAGUAGCUCUUUGAGUUAUUACAUUAACAACCCCGAAUUAAAUGGAUUGCCGGAAUUACCCUUUGUGUCUUUGCAUUGCAUUCUUUUUGCCAGCUAUAAAGGAGACUACAGGUGUUAGUGUUUUGGCUGCCAGCUAAGGUAUUGAUGUCUUGUCUUUUAGUAUAGGGGUAGGGGAUGUCAUCGAGGUUUGCUUUUGGUUUGGUUUGGGUUUUGUGUUUCCGUGGCUGAUGAGGCUUGGAAGGGAAUUCGGUUUGAUUGCUGCUAUGGCUGAGAUUGCCUGGUUUGGUGAAUCUAUUUUGUGGUUUGGUGCAUUUAAGAGUCAGUGUGUUUUAUUUAGUGUGCAAGAAUUUCUAAGGUUAUGGCUAGACGAACGAACAAAGUUUGUGUCCCUUUCCAGCCUCUUUUGGAAAAGAUUGUUGCUUGGCUCCAGUUUCCACCUCCAUUCUAUGGAUUUAUAGAUGUUGCUAAGAACAAUGCCUUUGUUCGAGUUGGCCGUCCAAAUACACGUGCAAGGUUUCUUUUUUGUGGUGGAGAUGCCAGUUCGGCAGAAGAGUCUCGCGAAAGAGCAGCUCACAAGGCUGUGAAGCAUUGAUUGGUCGGUUUAAUGUUCGAGUAGAUGACUUUACACAUGAACGCCUUAAGAUGCAUCGUCUGUGUGUGAAGCUAUAUAAAAAUAGUUGCGCUGAAUUAGUCCAGGAGAGAGAGGACCUGAACCGCAUACGAUCAAAUUGCAUUUCAGGGGAGAAUGCAGUAUUUCAUGAUAUCCAUAUUUCAGUUGAUUUUGCACAAUUUCUGGGUGUCUUGGUGAGGAAAACUGGUGUCACUGCAACUGCCAUUGAGACUACUAUGGUACAGGGACAUGGUUAUAUUUCAUGGCUUAUGGUAUCCUGUCCUCAUAGUAAUAUUAUCAUGGAGUGUAUUUUUAGUGAGCCUUGUGCUGAAGCAGCUACAGCUGAGCAACGAGUUGCAAAGAAAGCAUCCUUUUUCAUAGCUUCUCAGUUUCAUCUAGAAAUUGUUGAUGCGAACUAUGGUUCUGCGGCAAAGCUAAGUGCUGAAUGUUCUUUGAUACGGGAAAAGUAUCUGAUCCUGAAAGGUCAUCUUGAAUGUUUGGAAAAGAGCUCUGAACAAUCUGAUCUUGCUAAUUGUUCAGGGAUUGAUUGUUGUGUGACACCGACUGGUGAAGAAUCACAGAUACCAGUCCUUGCUCUUCCACCGAGUCGUCCGCUUAAAUGUAGGGUCGUUGUGGAAGGAAGUUCUAAGAAUGCUAUGGAAGUAGAGACUUCAGAGCGCCUUGUUACUGGUCUGCUAGAUUUAGAAUCUGUACUUAAGCGUGCUAGGGUUGAUUAGCUAUAUGUCAUAGAGCAUGCUUAUUUUGGAUAUUGGAUUUAAGGACUUGUACUAAGUUGUUAGGGCUACUAUCUGUAAUAGUAGUAUUAGUAUGCUCCUUAUGCUUAUUAGUAACUAUUGUCUUAUGACUAGGCUGUAGUUUCUGUUUCUAUUGUCUAUGUACUUCUUUUGAUGUAAUGAAUCUUAUAUUUUCAGUCUCUUGAAUAUGAUGCUUUGCUAUUUACAUAA